CGCGGUGUUGACCCGACUAACCACGCGUCCCCCCAAGCGCAGGUCUGGUUUCCGGUUAUGUGAACAGCGUAAAAAAAAAACAUUUCUGAAAGCCGAAUAUGAUAUAAACAAAACGUGCUUGUUUUCAUGACAGUAGUUUUUUAUAUUAAACUGAUAUCGGAAAGAACCGAAGCGAAUGCAUACCGGGAGAAAGUCCGCAUCCUGGCAGCCAUCGACGCCGGGACCUUGCCCAGGAUGGGGCAGAGAGAGCUGGCAAAGCGUUUCGGGCUGUCCCAGCCGAGCCUCUGCCAGAUGCUGAAGAGCCGCGAGGCCAUCCUGCGGGACUGGGCCGCCAACCAGAACCCCGAGCGCAGACGGCGGCGGGCGGGGAAGGACGCGGAGGUGGAGGGGGCGCUGCUGCGCUGGUUCCACGAGGCCCGGCCCGCCCAGCAGCACCUCUCCGUCUCCUCCAUCAUGCAGAAAGCCGAGGCGCUGGCCGGGGAGAUGGGCAAGAAGGACUUCGUGGCCACCGACGGCUGGAUCUCUCGCUGGAAGAAGCGCAACAACAUUCGAUGCGGGAGAGGAGGGAGGUGCGGACGGGCGGUGGGGAAAGAGGAGCAGGAGCCGGGCUGGCCGGCACAGUCUCCUUGCCUCACCCCAACGGCUGAUCUCAACCAGACAGCGCAGGUGGCCAGCGGAGACGGAGGGGUGAAAGAGGAGCGAGCUGAGGAUGGGGCUUAUGGAGAAGCCUGCCAGGGGGCCGGUGAGCUCUGCCCAGCCCCUCCUGCUUCGGGGGACAGUACCCUUGAGGGGUACCUGGAGAAGAUAUUGGUGGACCCGGAGCCCCCCACUUCAACGCAGGCUCGAUGCUGCUUGGCUGUGCUGCACAGGUUCCUGGAGUCCAAAGGGACAGAGGAUUAUGAGAACUUCCACAGCUUGCAGGCUCAGGUGCUUGGGCUGGCGGUGAAGGAGGAGAAAACUGAAGACUGAGCCAAUGCCCAAGUAGAGAAUUGAAUAAAGGAUCAUGGUUCGGUUGCCUUUUUAUUGUAGUGUGCAAGUGUUUACUCUCUGCAAAGACCCUCCUCUUGACUGAUUGGCUGCACAAGGGUAUUCGAGCAUUCUCAUUGGCUCAGGGGGCGUUUGUAAUUUCAGACUCAAGGUUGUAGUUGUGAAUGUUCAAACAUGUGAGCAGCCCUGCAAUAUUCAGUUUAUCUUGCAGUUUGAAAUGGAUCAUUUGAAGACAUUGUAGCUGGGAAGUAAUAUCAUUUAAAAUGUAUGAGGCAGGGUGGUUUGUUUUAAGUUUGUUUGGAUUAAUUGAAUAUCAUUUUAUAACAAUGUAAUGGGGGGUUAAAAAAAAAACACGUUUCUGGAUCACGGAUAUCCAACCCAAUUCAAAAGUCAUAUAGUUAUAAAUGUCUCUUCCCUUUGUAUGAUGUUUGAACUCAGUAUCCCCAGUCUGUCAGUUAAUUAUUUAAAACAUACUUAAAAUGCAUGAAAUACAUUUACUUGAACACAGGACUUUUUUUAUUGCUUCCCUCCAUUUCGUUAACUUCAUCAACCUUCCUCCCAGCCCCUCAGAUCUAACAACUAGGCCACACUGCCUACCUCCCUCCCAGUCCCUGAGCUAUAAUCAUUAGGCCACGCUCACAGCCUGCCUACCACCCAGUUCCUGAUCUUUAACCACAAGGCCAUACUGCCUCCUCCCUAGUCCCUGAGCUCUAACCACUAAGCCUCUCUGAAAAUAAAAUACAUAUGCAUUUAAAGAAAAAAAGGCUACUGUAAAUAAACAGUUGGUAAGAAAUUAAACAGUUUUGCAAAGAUAUGCUGUGUCCUAAAGUCACAUGGAGCGGUAUGUGUCACUCACAGGGAAUGCUAUUCCUCCAGUUGUGUGUGUGAUGUUCCACUAGUAAUGAUUUCUGCUGUGUAAAACCGUCUGUGAAUAAACUUUUUUUUUUUCUUUU